UCGGUUUCACACAAAACGGGAGAGAACAAAUCCAGGGUGCAAAUUAAAUCAGACACAACUGUAUCAACAGCAAGAAAGGUUCCAGUUAACCGAACCCCGCACGUUAUGGACGGGUCGGCGGCUUUGAUUGCUGUAGUUGUUGUUAAACGAUCUUGAUGAUGAUUAUUGUGGAUGGCUGGAGUGUUGCUUGAAGUCCUGGUUUAGUGCCUCCAGCUGCUGUGUAAUCCGAGCCUCGGAUAUACCGACAGCAGGGCUGGACAACAGUCAGGGUGUUUGAUAGGGGGGAUUUAAGGCUCUUCCCCUCUGUCUUUACUUGCGCUGUCUUUUUCCCCUCACACUUUAUAUUUAAACUUAGUGAAGUGGAAUGCAUUAGGGGGGUCUUGGAUACAUAAUGGCUGUGCGCAGUUUGGGGAUAUUUUUCGGCUUUCUGACCGCCCUGGGGACUCUAACAAGCCUGGUGGCGUGCAAUGAGGAAUCCGAGCUGAUCCACGACUUGUUCAAACGCUACAACAAGAACAUUCGUCCUGCGGUUCAUCCCGAGGACAAAGUGCAGGUUAUGAUCAAGCUGACGCUGACUAACCUUAUCUCGCUGAAUGAAAAAGAAGAGACUCUUACGACCAAUGUAUGGAUUGAAAUUCAAUGGUCUGAUUAUCGCCUAGCCUGGAACAAAACUAAUUAUCACGGCAUUGAAGUGAUCCGGGUCCCGUACAACACGGUUUGGCUUCCCGACAUAGUCCUGGAGAACAACAUUGAUGGCCAGUUUGAUGUGGCGUACUACGCUAAUGUCCUGAUCAGCAACGAUGGAUGGAUGUACUGGCUGCCUCCUGCUAUCUAUCGUAGCACCUGUGCAAUUGAAAUUACUUACUUCCCCUUUGACUAUCAAAACUGCACACUGGUAUUCAGAUCCCAGACAUAUAGUGCCAACGAACUGGACUUGAUCUUGGCUGUUGAAGAUGAUGAGCCCUUUGAAUGGGUGCAUAUUGACCCAGCCGCUUUUACAGAGAACGGUGAGUGGGCCAUAGUCCAUAGACCUGCCAGGAAGAUGAUCAACUCGCGGUAUUCCCCCGACGACAUAGAGUAUCAGGAGAUCAUGUUCAACCUGAUCAUUCAAAGGAAGCCACUGUUUUACAUCAUCAACAUCAUCCUGCCAUGCUCUCUCAUCUCCUCACUGGUUGUACUGGCCUACUUCCUUCCUGCUCAAGCUGGGGGACAAAAGUUGACUGUCUCCAUUUCUGUCCUACUGGCUCAGACUGUCUUCCUAUUUCUCAUUGCUCAAAAGGUCCCUGAGACAUCCCUCUCUGUCCCCCUGAUUGGAAAGUACAUCAUUUUUGUCAUGUGUGUCACAACUCUCAUUGCAACCAAUCAGAUUGUGGUGCUGAACUACUCGCUGCGCAGCCCCAGCACUCACAUCAUGUCCAAGACCAUCAAGCAUUUGUUCUUGGAAAUGGUGCCUCGGUUCCUAGGCAUGUCCCCGCUGGUGGACGACAGCGAGGUGACGGCGGAGGUGAACGGACUGAAGGAGCGGCGACGCAGCUCCUUCGGCCUCAUGCAGAGAGCAGAGGAAUACGUGCUGAAGCAACCUCGGAGCGAAAUGAUGUUCGACAAACAACGGGAGAGGCACGGCCUGACUCGAUCAAUUGUGAAUAAUAUAGAUGUGAGCAGCACGGCGAACCUGUACAAGAGUUUGGCGCAGGCAGCGCCUGAGAUUAAGCAGUGCGUGGACGCCUGCAACUUCAUCGCUGAGAGUAAAAGACAACAAAAUGACAUCGGUUCUGAAAUUGAAAGCUGGGUUCUGAUAGGAAAGAUGAUCGACAAGGUUUGUUUCUGGGCUGCCAUUCUCCUCUUCAUCAUUGGUACCGUGGGGAUCUUCCUUACAGGCCACUUCAACCGAGCUCCAGAUUUACCGUUUCCUGGAGAGAACAAGAAAUAUGCUCCAGAUUCUUAAAAAAAUAAACAAUCUGUUGUUGCUGCUUGUGGAGCAUUUUGCAAGGUUCACUUCUCCUCGUGCUGCCUAUAUGGUUAGCAGCCGCAGUUUGUGAACUCCCAGGCUUCAGUUCUGGGUUUUGGUCAGGUUUGAUAGAUGUGUGUAUCAAUAAACACACAGAACAACUGUCAGGCAGCUGAGGGUAUAAUUUAGUUUUGCAUUUUGACAUGCUCCUAAAAUGAGUCGAUAAAGCUAUGUUUUAAAUCAAAGUUAUCCUCAGGAUGAUCCUUUUAAACAUGGCUUGUGUUUUCUGCAUUACCUCUAAAUGUAGGAGAAAUACUUGGCGUUAUGAAAAUGAGAGGGUUUGGAUUUUAGAUACUUGUGCAUUUAAAAAAAAAUGCUAAAGCUACACAAUUAAGCAAAUUUUAAUUUCACAUGGGAAAAGAACUAUAUAAAUGGAGAAUGCGUCUGAGAUUUAGCUGCUUUGUUUAUAUGUGAUGAGCGACAGCUGCCUAAUUGCUCACUGUCUUAAGAGAAACAAACCCCAACAGAUCUGAAUACAAGACUUGCCUUCUUAUUUAAUUAAUGACGUGUAAGGCGGAUGGAUAAGUAAAACACUGUCUUGAUGAUAUUGUGUGUUUAUUUUAAUGGUCUAUAUUUUUAUGUGCAUUACUGGACAAAAUAAAGUGCCUUUUCUAUUUGGCACAGUUGUCAAAUAAAGCAUUUCAAAGCUA